AUGCAGCCCUUCUGGGCGGGCGGGCGCUCCCGGCGCGAGGAGGAGGACUCGUCCGUCCUCCCCGCCGAGGGCUACGCCGAGGCGCCCCCGCUGGCGCGCGGCGGCCCGCUGGGAGACCGCCGCGAGCCGCCCGGUCGGCCGCUGUUCCCCGCUGGCGCCGCUGCGCCGCUGGAGCGGCGAGGCGCCGCGUCGUCGAGGCAGCCGCCGCGGCGGGCACUGCCCGCAGUGGCAGUGCGAGCCGACCCGCAUUUGGAGAGGCAGUUCUCGAACCGGCACAUCCAGGACAAACGCCCCGGAGCUCAUGGCCGCGCCGAGGAGCUGCGGAGGCUGGCGCUGCGGGGCGCGCAGUCCGCCACCGUGGCGCGCGGCGCCGACGCCUUCAGGGACCGGCACGCUGCCGGGUACGCGGAGGUGGACGCGCUGCAGCGCCCGGCCGCGGCGCGGGGCAUCGUCGGUCCGCGGUCGGAGGACGAGUCCUCCUCGCAGCGGGGCUCCUCCGACUCCGAGCGUGCCGGGAGGAGGGGCAAGCGGCGCCGCCGGGCCGCCUCGGCGGGAGGGGACGUGGUCGUGGAUUUCUUCUGA